AUGCCACCAACUAACUCCUGCGAAGUUUUAACCGAUGAAGAUUCGGGCGAUGAGGACGUUGUCGACGUCAACAAUUUACCAGCUGCUCAGCUUCGAGCAGAAGCCGAAUUGUUCGCGCAUAAUUCCGACAACGAAUGGGAAGAUGAAGACAAAAUCCCACUGUCAGAGUUGCGUAAAGGAUUGUUGUCUAAAAGGCACUAUGACGAGAUCAAGAAAAAAACGUACAAGUGGGAAAAAUUCGACAUAAAAAAUGCACGUCUUGAAACUGAAUGGCCCAAUUUUGUUUUGCCAUCGAACAAUCUUUCACCUAUACAGUUAUUUGAAAACUUUUUUGAGAAGGAGAUAAUAGACAUGUUUGUUUUUUACACUAAUAACUACGCAGCUAGUAAAAACAAAAGGUCCGAUAUUACCCCAGAAGAAAUCAAAGUUUUUUUUGGAAUACUUCUCUUGAGUGGUUACGUUUCGGUUCCAAGACGCAGAAUGUUUUGGGAAAAUUCGUCUGAUUGUCAUAAUAAUAUAGUGUCUAAUUCCAUGUCUCGAAACCGUUUUGAACAUAUUUUGUCAAACAUACAUUGUUGCGACAACAAUAAUUUGGAUAAGAACGAUAGAUUUGCUAAGGUUCGACCCUUUUUUGAUAAAAUAAAUAGUCGAUUUCUUGAUUUUGCCCCAAUUGAUGAGUUUCAUUGCGUCGACGAAGCUAUGGUACCUUACUUCGGUCGUCACGGCUGUAAACAGUUUAUACGAGGCAAGCCAUUGAGGUAUGGGUAUAAACUAUGGGUUGGUGCUUCAGCUAUUGGAUAUAUAAACUGGUAUGAACCAUAUCAGGGCGCAAAAUCUGAGAUCAAGGAUUGCUACAAAAACUUAGGGUUGGUGCCUUCUGUUGUAUUGGAGUACACUGAUGUUUUACGUUCGAAAUUACAACUUCCGUAG